AAAAAACUUGGAUUGGGUGUUACGAUUGAGAACGGUGUGAUAGCUGUCUCGAAACUCGUCGAAGCGUCAGUGGCCGAAGGGGUGUUGCAUGAAGGUGACAUUAUCGUGACAAUAAACGGCGAUGCACCGAAAAGCAAGGAGGAUACUCGCUCAAUGCUUGUGAAAGCACUAAAGAAUACAGGUCAGGCAACAUUGAAAGUGAGUUGUAUUUUCGAUGCUGAGCGCAACAGUGAUGAACCGUCAGUGAUGCUGAACAGUGAUGUCCUUGAGAUUGCAAAACAACAACAGGAACGGCUGCUGAAUGCAAAGCCUGAGCUAGAACAAGCAGCCCCUCGUGGUAUCCUAGGUCAUUAUACCCAAUUGUCAGAAGCAAAAGAGCAAAAGCGUCUAAACGUUGAACAAGACCAUCAAUCACUAAUGAUCGGAAUGGAUCCCGUUGACCACCCGCUCAUGCACGUUAAAUCUGAUCCAAAUCAAAAUCAACAAGACAAUUCACACUCUGAUUCACAAAAAACAAUCUGA